AUGAAGAUUUUCUCGAUAGCUAUUCUGCAGGCUCCUCCAGGCGGCGCUGCCACAGUCCUCUCCUCAGCCAGUGACUUGAGUUCAUUCAGUUUCUUCCAACGCGGGGCCAUCCAGGAGUUCAUGACGUUCUUCACCAAGACCGUCGCAGAACGUACAAGCUCUGGACAGCGCCAGUCUGUCCAAGAGAAGGAGUACACAUUCCAUACCUACAACCGCGGGGGGCCAGAGCAAAUCGCAGCUGUCUUGAUCUGUGACCAGGAAUACCCCGUCCGACCUGCAUACUCGUUACUUACCAAAGCCUUGGACGACUUCACCAGCAAAGUUCCCCAGUCAUCCUACUCCAACCCCAGCUCCAUCUCUUUCCCGGAAAUAGAUGUCUACAUCCAGAAGUAUCAAGAUCCUCGUCAGGCGGACACCAUUAUGCGAGUUCAGCAAGAACUGGACGAAACCAAGAUUGUCCUCCACAAAACAAUAGAAUCAGUGUUGCAGCGUGGAGAGAAACUUGACAAUCUCGUGGACCGAUCGAAUGCACUGUCAGCCCAGAGCAAGAUGUUCUACAAGACGGCUAAGAAGCAAAAUUCAUGCUGCACUAUUAUGUGA